AAAAAAUGCCCCAAGGCCAUGGGACAAGGCUGUCUCACCCAUCUAGGACCUGCAUAAAAGCCAGCCCAGAACCUCUCUCCCUCACACACUUCUCCUCAAGCCUUCUCCUCCUGCUCCUGCCAACAACAAGGCACCCUCCACACCACACCCAUGGCCUGCAACAGCCUCUGCCGUCCCUGCGGACCCACCCCGCUGGCCAACAGCUGCAACGAGCCCUGUGCCCUGCAAUGCCAGGAUUCCCGCGUCAUCAUCGACCCUUCCCCCGUGCUGGUCACCCUGCCAGGACCCAUCAUGAGCUCCUUCCCCCAGAACACCGCUGUCGGAUCCACCUCCUCUGCUGCUGUGGGCACUGAGCUCAGUGUGCAGGGACAGCCCAUCUCUGGUGGCUUUGGUGGCUUUGGCUACGGCCUUGGCUAUGGCCGUGGAUUUGGCUAUGGGCUGGGAGGCCUGGGCUGCUAUGGCAGAAGGGGCUAUGGCUACAACUGCUAAGAGCCCUUGGCACCACCCCUGACACCAACCACCCACUCCCUGGAACUCAUCUCAGGCAUUGAGGACAUCUUUCUGAGCCAAGCCUCUCAAAUGGGCUCAGCAUUUCCAGCUCCUGCUCUCAGGGCACCAAGCAAGGCAGCAGCCAAGGGGCCAGCCUGGCCUGCCUUUAAACAUGGCCCAUCUGCCUCCUGCUCUUCUGUCCCUGCUCUCUGCUCUCCCCUUUGGCUCUGUCCACUCUGCUGCAAACCCCUUCUUCUAGGUCAGAGACCAUUGGGCCCCUCUCGUGGGCUGCUACCACUGUGGGGCAGGAAGUCCUUGAUGCUCUGUCCAAAUUUACUGCUAGCAAAGGACCUUGGCUGAUGGUCACCCUACUUGCACCUCAGACCAUCUCCCUCCCACUGGCUGUUCCUGCUUUUUCACUAUUUUGUCUCAAUAAAAUUUUUCUUG